AUGGAUCCCAACUGCUCCUGUGCUCCUGGUGGCUCCUGCACCUGCGCAGGCUCCUGCAAAUACAUAGACUACAAAUGCACCUCCUACAAGAAGAGCUGCAGCUCCUGCUGCCCCAUGGACUUUGCCAAGUGCGCCCAGGGCUGCGUCUAUAAAGGAACAUCAGACAAGUGCAGCUGCUUCAACUUUUGA